CACUGUAAAACUACAAGUCCCAGAAUGCAUUUCAUAAGCACAGUCCUGUUGGGUUCACACAUGCUCAGUGUGGUAGCAGGAGCCGGCUUUCCAUGGCUUCCAAGCAAAGUUAACCAAGGUGGAGCAAAAAGGCUCCACCCCCAAAAGCAAGCUCGGGGAUUGGAGUUGGAGCUCAGCCUCAGGGUGGGGCCGGAAUUACCUUUGUACUCCAGGCAGGUCUGGGUUGGUGGUGCCUGGCUGGGUGUGUCCAGAACUGGCUGCCAUCCUGACACGUCUCGGAGCUGCUGGCAGGUUCUAUGGACAGCCACCAUGGCCUCUGGGCUGGCGGAAGAGUCUGAACCAAGUCUUGGGGAGUCUGAGCUGGCUGUGAACCCCUUUGAUGGGCUCCCCUUCUCUUCCUGCUACUAUGAGCUGCUUGAGCAGCGCAGAGCCUUGCCCAUCUGGGCCGCUCGCUUCCUGUUCUUGGAGCACUUGGAGAGCAGCCCCACUGGAGUAGUGCUGGUGUCUGGGGAGCCUGGCUCGGGCAAGAGCACCCAGAUUCCUCAGUGGUGUGCAGAGUUUGCACUGGCCAGGGGGUUCCAGCUGGGCCAGGUUACUGUCACUCAGCCCUACCCGCUAGCAGCCAUGAGCCUGGCUUCAAGGGUGGCUGAUGAGAUGGACCUGACCCUGGGUCAUGAGAUUGGAUACAGCAUCCCUCAGGAAGACUGCACUGGGCCCAACACCAUGCUCAGGUUCUGCUGGGACAGGCUGCUUCUGCAGGAAGUAGCCUCCACCAGGGGCCCUGGCGCCUGGACUGUGCUGAUACUGGAUGAGGCUCAGGAGCGGUCAGUGGCCUCAGAUUUACUGCAGGGGCUCCUGAGAGACACCAGACUGAGAAACCUUCCAGGGGAUCGCAGAGUGGUUGUGGUUACUGACCCAGCCCUUGAACCCAAACUCCAAGCUUUCUGGGGCAGUUCUCCUAUUGUGCGUGUACCCAGAGAGCCUGGUGGAAGUCCCACUCUUGUCUACAGGGACACUGUCCCUACUGACCUAGUGGAAGCUGCCUGCCAAGCGGUGCUUGAGCUAUGUCAGCGGGAAGAGGCACCAGGGGAUGUGCUGGUGUACCUGCCCAGUGAGGAGGAAAUUUCCCUGUGCUGUGAAUCCUUGUCCAGGGAGCUGGGGAUGUUGGCCAUCCCAGGGCCUCCACCGCGGGUACUGCCCCUUCACCCAGGCUGUGGUCAAGCCAUCCAGGCUGUGUAUGAGGACACAGACAUGAGUGUCCGGAAGGUCGUGGUCACUCACUGGCUGGCGGAUUUCUCCUUCUCCCUCCCUUCCAUCCAGCAUGUCAUUGACUCGGGACUGGAACUUCGCAGUGUUUACAGUCCUCGGAUCCGAGCAGAAUCCCAGGUGUUGAGACCGAUUAGCAAGUGUCAGGCAGAGGCAAGGCUGCUGCGGGCCAGGGGGUUCCCAUCAGGAUCCUGCCUCCGCCUGUACUCCAAGUCCAUCCUAGAACUAGAGGCUCCCCCACUGCCCCGCCCCAAAGUGUUCGAGGAGAAUCUGAGCUCCCUGGUGUUGCUACUAAGGAGGAAACAGAUUGCAGAGCCAGGGGAGUGCCACUUCCUGGACCGGCCUGCACCAGAAGCACUGAUGCAGGCCCUGGAAGACUUAGACUAUCUGGCUGCGCUGGAUGAUGACGGGGACCUGUCGGACCUAGGAAUCAUUCUGUCGGAGUUUCCCCUGCCCCCUGAGCUGGCCAAAGCCCUGCUGGCCUCCUGCGAGUUUGACUGUGUGGAUGAAAUGCUCACUCUCGCUGCCAUGCUCACCGCCGCUCCGGGGUUUACCCGUCCUCCACUGUGUGCAGAAGAAGCUGCCUUGCGUCGGGCCCUGGAGCAUGCAGAUGGUGAUCACAGCUCUCUGAUCCAGAUUUAUGAAGCCUUUGUACAAAGUGGAGCGGAUGAGAGUUGGUGUCAGGCUCGGGGUCUAAACUGGGCAGCUUUGUGCCAAGCCCGUAAACUCCGAGAAGAGCUUGUGGAACUCAUGCAACGGAUUGAGCUUCCCCUGUCCCAGCCAGCCUUUGGCUCUGAGCAGAAUCGCAGAGACCUUCAAAAAGCACUGCUGUCCGGAUUCUUCCUCAAGGUGGCCCGAGACACAGAUGGCACUGGAAACUACCUGCUUCUCACCCAUAAACACGUAGCCCAGCUGUCUCCAUGCUGCAGCUACCGAAACCGCAGGGCUCCGGCUCAGCCACCGGCCUGGGUGAUCUACCACAGCUUCUCCAUAUCCAAAGACAACUGCCUGUGCAUCGUCUCUGAGAUCCAGCCUGAGAUGCUGGUGGAGCUAGCCCCUCCAUACUUCCUGAGCAACUUGCCCCCCAGUGAGAGCAGAGACUUCCUGAACCAGCUGAGAGAAGGAGCCGCAGAGCCAACAUCAGCCCAGACUGACUCUUCCUCUGCCCAGGAGUACGGGGAUGGCUGUGUUCUGCAGUGAGCGGCUGCCCAAGGAAUGGAGCCAGCCUCACCACACAGCACCAAGGCAGUGGGCCAGUCUUAGAAACCCACAGUGCAGGGUCCAAUACACUCCUGGAACCCAAGAGCCAAGACAGGGUGGGAGAGAAGGGAACCGGAGGGAGCCGCAGUGAGGAAGGAGGCAGACCUUUCUUUCUCCUUUGUCCACCGGCAAAGGAGCAAAUGCUGCUCACUCCACCGAUGUUGCUCCAGACAACCUUGCACUCUCCUUGGGACUAUAAAAGAUUUCCCUAGGAUGCCAAGUCUGAUCUUGGUUCUGCGGUGCCAUACACCUCUGCGAGUUAGAGAUGACACUUUCGAAGGAGGCUGACUUCCGCAAGCCUCCUCCCUCCUCCCACCUCAGGCCAAGCCUUUGUGCUGUCUGCCAUAGCUGUCACCAGCACAGAACAGGAGUGGUCUGGCGACCACUGUCCUUAGCACAGUGUUCCAGCCUCUGCCAGAAACAAGAGGCAACACUGGAAUGAGACAAAAUACUCCCUUUAAACCAGAAAGCGUUGCAACCAUCUUUCAACUCACCUGACUAUCCAAAAGCCUACGGUAGCCUCUGACUUACCUACAGUCUGAAGUCUUUCUGAUUUUUCAUUAUAUUUAGUGCGCAUGUGUGUAUGCACACGCGUGUGCAUGCAUGAGCAUGCCAUAACACAAUACAGUGGGCAGAGGACCAUUUGUAGAAAUUGGUCCUUCCACCAAGUUGUUCCUAGGGCUCAAACUCAGAUUGUCAGUAUUAGCUGCAAGUGUCUUAAUCUGCUAAGUCAUCUCCUUAAAGUCUUUCUAACUAAAA